AUGUGUUUAUUCAGGUGGGUUCAACAGUGAAAUUUUGCCACGUCUUAGAUCCUGGGAGGAGAUGUUUCUGUGCUGCUGCUUGCUCCUCUGGAGGGAGCUUUCUCGUAGCCGCUGAGUUCACUUAGGAAUGUGUUUCUACAAAACUUUUUUUUUUUUUUUUUUUUUUUGGGGGGAAAAUUGAAACCAAGAGCGAAUUAUGGACUAAGCAAAAAUGAGAGACCCGUCAGCCUACCAACAAACAGGGUUAAAGCAUAAAGCACAAAAGAAAUCACGCAUUUGACGAAAGUGCAGCUGAGAUUUCCCUUUGCAUUUAGCACUGUCUGGGCUGACUGGAAGCACAUAGUUUUGGGACAGCCAGGAAGGGCAGCUGGCGGAGUUCCAGUGCUGGGACACUUACAGCAACACAGCAGCAAGAGCUCAUGUUAGGGUUGAAGUCUUUCUUUGAUGUAGUCAUCUCUCAAGUUUCUUUCUGAAAUGAAAGGGUACCGUUUUAUAGAUGCAAACAGAAGAGUGCAUGUGCAUAUGUGCUUGUGAUUCUUGCUUAUAGUUUUAUACGUACACUUCCGUAAGCUAUUUCAGAUGGGAGGUGGAACUCUGUAUCACCUGCACAUCAGUAUGCUGAACGGGUUGAUAUGGAUCUUGGCUUACAAGGGAAAAGUUUUUAACAUUUCACAAAUACUUAUGACUUUUACUUUCUCUCUCACUCUUCCUAAAUAUGUGUAUACAUAGUUUAUAAAAAUACGUGUGUGUAUAUAUAGAAUAAAAAACAAAUGCAUGCAUACAGAAGUACAUAACGUAUUUGGCACAUGCAGUUGUAAAUGAGGAAUACAUACUUCACAAAGUAUCUCUAACAGGGUUUAAAGUUAGUUUAAAAAUGGGUAUAGAAAAUUACAUAGUACAUUAGGACACAAUUAUUGAGCAAGUCCCUGCUGUUUGCUCUAACUUCAUAAUGCCAUCAAGAAUAUAUAUUAUUGUAAUAUUGUCCUCUGUGCUGCUAGGCAAAUAAGUGACGUAAACACCAUGUAAACAUGGUAAGUGAUGACUCCUGCCCAGUAUCCAUAGGUUGGCAUCAGUAAUUGCUGCGACAUUAAUCCCACACAGGAGCAACAGUAUACUCUUGUGCCUUGUCAGCUUUAUGAACAGGGGAGGGGGAAGGGAAAGAAUCUAUGCUCUUUGCAACAAUAAUAGAUUUUAAAAAUAAAAAAAAAUAUGUUCCUAGUGAUGCAGCUAGUGAUAAAACUGGGAAGAAUUCUAUCAGUUUUACUGUACCAUUGUAUCUGCUGAGACUGGUUUCAGUAGAAGUAAGUUUGGGAAUAUAGAGGCUGCAGGAAAGUUCAUUGACAAAAACUGAGAAACUCUGAAGUUUUUUUUCCAAUUACCCUUUUUUUCCCCCCUUCCUCUUUUUCCUAUCCCUGUUUAGGCUAAUAACCUUCCAAAAGCUAUUGCAGCAGCUCACACGUUUCUUCUGAAGCAUCCAGAUGAUGAAAUGAUGCAAAGAAAUAUGGCCUACUAUAAGAGCAUACCUGAUGCUGAGGAGCAUAUUAAAGACUUGGAGACAAAACCUUAUGAGAAUCUCUUUGUCAGGGCUGUGAGAGCAUACAACGGUGACAAUUGGAGAACGUCCAUCUCAGACAUGGAACUGGCUCUUCCUGAUUUCUUCAAAGCCUAUGAUGACUGUACAGCAGCCUGUGAAGGCUCCCGAGAGAUCAAAGAUUUUAAAGACUUCUAUCUCUCCAUUGCAGAUCAUUACAUUGAAGUCCUUGCAUGCAAAGUGCAGUGCGAGAGUAAUCUGACACCCAUUAUAGGAGGCUUUGUUGUUGAGAAAUUUGUGGCCACCAUGUACCAUUACUUGCAGUUUGCUUAUUAUAAAUUGAAUGACAUGAAGAAUGCAGCUUCUUGUGCUGCUAGUUACCUUCUGUUUGACCAGAAAGAUGAAGUAAUGAAACAGAACAUGGUCUAUUACCAGUACCACAAAGACAAAUGGGGACUUAAAGAAGAGGAUUUUCAGCCCAGAUCGGAGGCAGUUCGAUACCACAACAUAACCACACUCCAGUUGGAAAUGUAUGAAUUCGCAAAGAAGCAUCUGAUGGAUGAUGAUGAGGGUGAAGUUGUGGAAUUCCUUGACGAGCUGUUAGAAGUAGAGGAAAAGAAGGAAUCCUGAUGAGUGAAAGCACCACAAAGUAUUUUACAAAAGUGAAGACUCCCCAUUGCUCCUUACUAUUGUUUUUGGUCACCUGUAGUUCCAGUUAGAUAUACCUCAAAGCUGCUCCUUUAAGCUCCACCUUAUGUCACAAGAUCCACUCCUGAAAAAUCAUUUCCAUGCUGCACUGACUCUUCCGUGAGCAUGGCUUUUCACUGUACAUCUACAGAAUUGGUGCAUCUGGGUUUUCCUCUUGAGCUUUCUUUCCUUUACACAAACACAACAAAGCAGACUAUUUGUAUUUUCUGGGCUAACACUAAGGUUCCUCAUUUCAGUGCUGUUCUACUAAGUUAGGACAGUACAGCUAAAUUCCGAAGAACUUUUGUGAGAUUAUGAACAACGGAAGACAUAACAGUUCCUCUAGACUUUCUGAGCUAUGUAUUGUAUUAUUUAUAUAUGUCUUUUUCUGUGAUGAUGAAUAAAGUGAUACUGAAUCCCAGUGCAGCUGAAAGACGUUAAGAUACAUUUAAAUAGCUGAAAUAAGAUGAUUAACAAAGCACAACUAGUGAUCCUGUAAAAAUUGCUUAAAGAAUUCUGUAAGUCAUGUUGAUCUUUCUUAAAAACUAAAUGAAAUUCCAUGAUGUGAAACUGAGGUCACUUAGAACUGAAUAAUAAAUAAUUCCUUCUUCCUACC